AUGGCAGCUUUUGACACCGAGUCCACUGCAGGACUUGCAAAUGCAAGUUACGAUUUUGUGAUCGUCGGCGGCGGGACUGCCGGUCUGGUUGUAGCCAAUCGACUUACUGAAGAUCCAAACAUCAGCGUGCUUGUCCUUGAAGCAGGCACAAACCGUAUAAAUGAUCCUCGCAUCAAUGUUCCAGGAUUAGCAAUGGCGGCUUUUGAACAUGAAGAUUUUGAUUGGAAUUUCAGAUCCUGUCCCCAGGAACAACUGAAUGGGCGCCAGAUCCUGGCAAAUAAGGGUCGCACUUUGGGCGGCUCCUCGGCCAUUAAUCUGGGCAUGAUCGUCUAUCCAUCCCGCACUGGAAUGAACGCCUGGGAAAAGCUAGGCAACCCUGGCUGGGGCUGGGAUGAGUUUUCUCCAUAUCUGCGCAAGUUUCAUACCGCUGCGCCUCUAUCUAGCGCCAAUCGGGAGUUCUUCAAGGGGAUGAAACAUGAGGCACAAGAUCAGGGGAGUACCGGUCCUGUGCAAGUAUCGUUUGGCGAUGAGUACAUGCCUUUCCACGCGGCGUGGAUGGAGACUUUCAAGUCUCUGGGAUAUCCACAAGAUGAAGAUCCCAUUAAUGGAGGCUGUGCAGGCCCCUUCGUAUCUCCUGGUGCUGUUGAUCCAGUUACUCAUACCAGAAGUCAUUCUGCGGCUGCGUAUCUGGGGCCGGAAGUUCAAGCUAGAUCCAACUUGCGGGUUGUGACUGGCGCUUUGGUGGAGAGGAUAUGCGUGGAGAAGCGGGAACAUGAGAGUGAUGCCAUUGCAACUGGAGUUCAAUUCACCAAGGACUCGAACUUGUACACUGUUUCGGUGGCAAAGGAGGUGAUUCUUGCGGCUGGAACAACGCAAACUCCUCAGAUCCUCGAACUUUCCGGGAUCGGCGAUCGAAACAUACUCGAAUCUCACAAUAUCCCCACUAUCAUCGACAGCCCUGGCGUUGGAGAAAACCUGCAGGACCACGCCAUUGUCUCGUUUGGAUAUGAGGUUGCAGAUGGCAUGCCAUCAGCCGACAUGGCCAGGGACCCAGCAGUAGCCGCUGCUGCAAUGGCGGCCUACGAAAUUGAUGGCUCAGGACCUCUCGGCAUGGUCCCAUUUACCUCGGCCUUCAUGCCGCUAGUGAACAGCUCUGACGAUGAUCGGUCUCAAGUGCUUCAAAAAGUGCAAGAAUCUCUAAACAACCCCAGCAUUUCACAGACACACAAGAAACAAUACGAAGUCCUGCACGAGAUGCUCCAGAACCCCAACGAGCCCCACGCUCAAUACGUCCUGGCCCCAUUCCAGAUCCUAUCCAGAAAAGAACAACCGAAAGAUAUCUUCGGUCUCAGCCAUCCAGGCUUCUUCAUCACUCUUGUUUCAACACUAAGCUACCCUCUCUCAAGAGGCUCCGUCCAUAUCCAAACUUCCGACCCGAACGCUCCUCCUCGGAUCGAUUCUGGACUUCUCCGUCAUCCAGCCGAUGUCGAACUACAGGCGCGCCAUAAUCUGUAUGUGGAUAAAAUCGCUGAGACAGAGCCUCUUGCUUCACUUUUGAAGCAGGGUGGCCGACGUCUUCAUACCUCUGAGCCUGUGACGGAUUUGGAAACGUCGCGGACCCUGUGCAAGGAACUUGUCUUGUCUAUGUACCAUGUGAGUGGUACGUGUGCAAUGAUGCCGCGGGAGGAUGGCGGUGUGGUGGAUUCUUGUCUGAGGGUGUAUGGUGCGGCCAAUAUUCGGGUUGUUGAUGCUAGUGUCUUUCCUUUGGUUCCUAGGGGCAAUACUCAGGCCACUGUCUUUGCGGUUGCGGAGAAGGCGGCGGAUCUGAUUAAGCAGGAUCUGGAUUAG